AAAGUUAAUUAAUAUUUUUGUCUGAACUCUUGGUGUUCUUGAUAAUAAGUCACCAACUUCGGAGUUAUUUUUUAUUUCAAUAAGCAACAGCUGACAUAAACCUUUUUUUAUCAUCGAGUAAAUGCUUUUGGCACUAUCCCUGUUACCUGGAGAGCAACAGGGGGUGCGUGGGACUCUCUCUGUCAACCCAUCCAGCAGAUUAGCUGCCCAGUGUGUCUCCGGAGGCCUACUUACCAAAACCCCUCCAGUGCACCCUCUCGUGGGAGAUGAGACCCGGGAAACCGUGACCGAUAGAUGACAUAAACUUUACAUUAAAAUUUGCAAGAGAUUUGUAGUAACGAUAUAGCAGUCAUUGGGUAUAGUAAAUGUUGGUUAAUAUUAAUUUCUCAGAAUCAAAAAUGAAUUCGACACCGGUGGCAUUGAAUAAAGCUUCUAUGCGCAAAUAUGAAGACUUGGAGGUACCCUGUGAUGCGAUCCUGGCAAGCUAUGUUUGGGUAGACGGAAGCGGGAUAAAUCUCCGAUCGAAAGAUAGAACCUUUGAUUUUGUACCUAAAACACAUAAAGAUUUACCGAUCUGGUAUUUUGAUGGCAGCAACACAGGUCAGGCCACAGCUGACAACUCUGAUACAUUUAUAUUCCCCGAAGUUGUAUACCAUGAUCCUUUUCGUCGUGGUAAUCAUAUAUUGGUUUUGGGUGAUACAUAUCAACACAACUACCAGCCGACUCACUCAAACUACCGCAAGAAUUGUGUGAUGCUUUGCGAAAAAGGGGAAGUUGAAGAGCCUUGGUUCGGUUUCAACCAAGAGUUUUUCCUGACCACGACAGAUGAGCGUCCAUUAGGUUGGCCUCCUGGUGGAUUCCCUGCACCACCAGGUCCCUACUAUUGUGCAACUGGUGCCAACAAGAUUGUAGCAAGAGAUUUAAUGGAGGCUUUUUAUAGAUGCUGCCUUUAUGCCGGUGUACAGCUUAAUGGAAUCAAUCCUGGUACAACACCCUCCCAAUGGAAUUUCCAGGUUGGUCCUAGUCCGGGUUUAAGGUCUGCAGAUGACUUGUGGAUGGCGCGAUACAUCUUAGCUCGUCUGGCCGAAGAGUACGGCACCGUUGCCAGCUUCGAACCGCAACCAGUGCCGGAUUGGCCAGGCAACGGGACUUUCACAUACUUCUCCACUAAAGACAUGAGAAUCGAAGAUGGUAUUCUUGUUAUAGAACGAGCAAUCGAUAAAUUAGCUCGUCGCCACGGAGCGCAUAUCAACGAAUAUGAUGCAAAUAAUGGUGCUGAUAACGCACGCCGUCUCACCGGCAAGCAUAAUAUGCCGCACAUCCGAGAUUUUACUGCAGGAGUGGCCAACCGAAGUUGCAGUGUCAGAAUACCUCGACAAGUAUCUGAAGAUAAGAGGGGAUAUCUUGAAGAUCGUAGGCCCGCUGCCAAUGCCGACCCCUACCGAGUGAUAUGCAUUAUGUUACGUACUUGUAUAUUCGACGAAUAA